UUUCAGUGCGGACGUGAAGCGAAAGAAGGAGCCUUUAGACGUCCGUGUCAGCCUCUGAAUAUUUACUGCAGCUGCGAGUGAGCUACUCGCCAAGAAUUCACUGAUAUGCGGCCACUCUGAGGAAAAAGGGGAGGCAAUUGUCUUUUCUCUUGUGCAGUGGAAUUUUGGAGUUCCAAAGUGGAGGUCAGUGGACAUCCAGUGUGUGAAGCUCUCAUCUUAAAUUAACACUGAAAAGCAGCGAUGGCCUUGAUUUUUGUGUGCUUGUUUGUGCAUGUGUGCGUGAGAUCUUGUUUGUGAACCAUCUUGGUACUAUGCCAAUUCUCUCCUUGACUUUUUUUGUUCAACCCGAGGCUCACGCUGCAUCGUUAAAUGCCGGAUCCAUAUCUUAGCAAUCACUUUGGGCUGUAAAAAUGCUGAGCGGUGUCCUCUUUCUGAGCGUCCUCACGGUCACCAGCCUGUCGCCGUCCGAGACUGAGAGCCGCAGAACUUCAGCCUUCAAAGAUAUCUGCAAGAUCCGCUGUGCCUGCGAGGAGAGGGAGAAUAUUUUGAACAUUAACUGUGAGAAUAAAGGAUUUACCACUGUUAGCCAAUUCCAGGCACCCCCAAAUAAGAUCUCACAGCUUUUUCUCAAUGGGAACUUCCUGUCUCGAAUCAGUGCAAAUGAAUUUGUCAAUUAUGGCAAUGUCACCUCUGUACAUCUGGGGAAUAAUGGAUUACAGGAGAUCCAAACCAACGCUUUUCAAGGGCUGCGCUUCUUGAAGAGGCUGCACUUGAAUAACAACAACCUUGAGGUGAUAAAGGAGGACACAUUUGCAGGACUAGAGAGUAUGGAGUAUUUGCAAGCAGAUUAUAAUUAUAUCAGCACCAUUGAACCUGGUGCUUUCAGCAAGCUGAACAAGCUUAAAGUGUUGAUCCUCAAUGAUAACCUCCUGUUGUCUUUGCCUCCAAACAUUUUCCGUUUUGUGCUCCUUACCCAUUUGGAUUUACGUGGUAACAGGCUGAAGACUUUGCCCUUUGCAGGGGUACUGGAGCACAUUGGUGGGAUCAUGGAGAUCCAAUUGGAAGAAAACCCAUGGAAUUGUACUUGUGAUCUCAUUCCUCUUAAAGCAUGGUUGGACACUAUUUCAGUCUUUGUGGGGGACAUAGUGUGCGAGACACCAUUCAGGCUGCACGGUAAAGACAUCACUCAGCUCAUAAAGCAGGAUCUGUGCCCACGCAGAAAUGCUGGAGAACGUGUUCACCCUGCCUCUGACUCUCACUUUCAAGGAGUGCUGCCCGCAACCUACCUCCCUGGCAUGAUCAUCCCCACACGUGCCCCUAAGGCUUCACGGCCACCCAAAAUGCGAUACAGGCCCACUCCUCGCAUUUCAAAGGACAAACAUGUCUUUGGGCCCAUUAUGGUUUACCAGACACGUUCUCCUGUGCCUAUUUUGUGUCCAAGUGUGUGUGUCUGCACAUCACAAAACCCCGACAGUGGACUGAACAUCAACUGUCAAGAGCGGAAGUUGCAUAACAUCAGUGAUCUCAACCCUAAGCCCUCCUUCCCCAGGAAACUGCACCUGACCGGUAACUACCUUCAGGUGAUUUACAGAACAGAUCUAACGGAGUACAGUCUACUGGAGCUGCUUCAUUUAGGAAAUAACAGGAUAGCAGUGAUUCAAGAGGGCGCAUUUGAGAAUCUCACAAAUCUGAGACGGCUCUAUUUGAAUGGGAAUUACAUUGAGUCACUUUCACAAUCACUUUUUGUUGGCCUUCAAUCUCUCCAGUAUCUUUAUUUGGAAUAUAAUAUCAUCAAAGAAAUCUUACCGCAGACAUUUAACGCUUUGCAUAAUCUACAGUUGCUUUUCCUCAACAAUAACCUAUUACGAUCACUGCCGGACAAUGUUUUCGGGGGCACCAUGUUAACGAGACUCAACCUGCGGAAUAAUCAUUUCUCAUAUCUCCCAGUUAAGGGUGUGCUUGAUCAGUUAUCUGCUUUUAUCCAGAUUGACCUACAGGAGAACCCUUGGGACUGCACCUGUCACAUUGUGGCACUCAAAAAUUGGAUGGAGCUGUCCAGUACCAGUGUGGUGGUUAAUGAAAUAACUUGUGACUCACCCUCUAAGCAUGCGGGUCACCUGCUGCGUUCACUGCGCAAUGAGGCUAUUUGCCCUGAGCCAAGCGAGGAGCCUCCGCCUCAAUACGCACCCCCUACCAAAGCCCCUACAUUAGUAAGCCCCAGUACUGAGUCACCAACACCCUUUUCCUCUUCUUCUUUUAGCUCAGUCAGCCCGACCGAAUCCCGAAUGCAAAGCCCUGAGUUACAUCCAGAAGUACCGCUUUCAGUUCUAAUUUUGGGGCUUCUUGUAGUUUUCAUUCUCUCAGUCUGCUUUGGCGCAGGGCUCUUUGUUUUUGUUCUAAAACGACGCAAAGGGGUGGAACAUGUCCCAACAGGAUCUAACAAUAUAGAUCUUAACUCAUUCCAAGUGCAAUAUGGCUCCUAUAAUCCUGAACCAACCCAAGACAAAACCUCUGAAAGUCACGUAUAUAAUUACAUCCCCCCACCGGUGGGUUUCAUGUGCCAGAACCCCAUUUACAUGCAGAAAGAUGGCGAGCAGGUGGCGUAUUACCGCAACCUGAAAGAGCUUAGCUUUGGUUCACUGAAUGCAAAGAAGGAUGAUAUUCUCACUCGCAGCCCAGGAGCAUAUACCAUCAGUGCAGUGGAUUUUAUGGAUAAACCCUUAACAACGCGGGGUUUGACCACCCCAGAGCCUCCUGAGAUGUUGUAUCAAAAUGUCGGGGAGAGGCCCAACAAGGAGCUUCCAACAGCUACUGGCACAUCUCCGUUCAGCUAUAAUUUCUGCACGUUACCCAAGAGACCUUGUAUCGUGCCCCCUUACGAGGCUGCCACAGCCCCGAGGCAUGUCUCCAACAAGGACAGGUUGUACGGCACACCCAGGAAAUGCUUUGGCGUUGAGCUCCCAUCCAAAAACAGUGAGCACCAAUUUCUUCUUCAUGGGAAGCUAAAAACAGAACCGGACUACUUAGAAGUGCUGGAAAAACAGACUGCUAUGAGCCAGCUGUAAGACGGUGAUGUAUUAUCCUUCCAACCUCUACUCCCAGUCUGCCUGCAAGGUUCUUUGCUUCUUUCAUAAAGAUUAUUAAGAGUUAAUCAGUAACUGGUAUCAUAGCCCACCAUAUAGCUAUCUUAUCUCUCACAUGAUUGACAGAGAGCAGACCCCUUUUUUAUCGCUCCCAUUUCUUCUCUUAUUUUCUUUCCAAUAUGUAUAAAUGGAUUAUAAGAACUAUAUUAUGAUGAAUUUCUAUAUUUUUCCUCCUGGGAUGUAUAAAUUAUUUCAUCUGAAGACAUGGAUGAUGGCAAGACCGUGUACAAAUAUGGCCUUGUGCAUUCUUUUUCUAGAACUGAAUUGUAUUUUUUCUCUAAGAUAAAGAAAAGUAUUCAUCGAUCAGUCUUUGUAGAUGGGGAAAAGCUACAGAAUGACAUUCCUGUAUAUACGUCGAUUGCACAUGUAAAUGGUGAGUGUCCCCCCCCUUUGAAAUUUAAUGAGCAAACUCUCACUAUAUUUACUCCAUAAAGUGCCUUUGCACUCAGUUGUUUAGUCAUUGAUGCUCUCUGCAGAAUUCAAAUGUUCUUUUAUUCGGGUAGUGCUGUAUUUUAAGGAAUUCAAUCUCCAAAAAUAUUUGUCUGUUGAAAAAAAUGAAUUCUAAAUGUACUUGAGAGUGGGCACGUCAUUAUCUUUAACUUCAGACAGGGACAAACAUGUAUUUUGCUUUCAGUAUUGUCUUUGGCGAUGUACAACUUUAAAGAACAGUGUAUGCUACAAGGGAGCAAUAUAGCGUUGUACAGUUGUGCCAUUAAAUUUUCACUGAAGCACUUUGUCAAGACGCUGAGCUUGAGGUGCAUUUUGUUUAGACUGUGCAUGAUUAUUUUUGGAUUCAGCUGCGGAGUGUGAUAAUCUGUGUGUGCGUGCGUGCGUGCGUGCGUGUGUGUGUGUGUGUGUGUGUGUGUGGUGGGAGGCAGAGAAAUAGAAAAUUGAGCUUGCCUCUCCAGUGGAAUGAAACUGACACUUUUUGGCUUCUCCUAAGUUUAACCCAUAAGAGCCUACACGUGCCACAAACUUACACUGUACACCAUUUCUGCUUGGCUAGAACUGAUUAAAUCCUUAAGUGACGUAUAAGAAACAUUUUGGAGUGGUUGUCAUGUUGUAGUCAUGUGACACAGGAUGUGGCUUCCCCAAAAUUACAUUGUUACAUCUCAAAUAGUGGGGCGGGUCCCCCUGGGGCACUGGUUUCAGUUCUGAGUUAAGUCUGUACAGUACAGAUCAAUAAAUAGAUAUUAUCAGUUUCUCAAUAGAAUUUCAAAUUGGUGGGGGGGGCAAAAACAUUUCUGUCCUCCAGUGGGGAAUAAGAGCAAAUAAGAAUCACUGGUAUAAACACAUGAAGGCGCUAGCUAACACAAGUGAAGGUGCUAGCCAAUAUCCACAAGCUUGCUUUUUGCUAUUUAAGGUCAUUUUAAACCCAUUUAACAACUGAAAUGCUUUAAUAUGGUGUAAAUAUUACUAUCCAAGUGUUUUUACUAUAUUUCUUGAACAAAUGGAGAUAAAACAGGCUACGACUUUGAAAUUGCUGUGGAUGCCUGACUUGUCACAAUUGCAAAAAUGCUAAUAAGCUACUCAAUCAAGUCCACUGUUUUAAUUAUUUUUAUUUUUUAUUUUUUUUGUUCAAUGCAAAGUACAUUUGUGGUCCUAAGCAAAAAGAGUCAAGUUGUUAUUUUCAAAUAAGGAAUACGUUUACCAUGAACUUCCAAUGUAACACACAGUAUAUGUCACGUCACAGAUCUGUCACAUUAAUUAGUAGAUUCGUAAACAUAAUUAGUCAUCCCUCGUUUAUGGCGGUUAAUUGGUUCCAGACACAAUCGCGCCAUGUGAAUUUCCACGAAGUAGAGUUUCUUAUUUAUAAAUGGAAUAUUUUUGUAAUUACAGCACAGAAAACCUGUUUACGGCCUUCUAAAUACAUUUUUUAACAUUAUUAGAGCUCUCUAGACAUGAAAUAGCACACCAUAGUCACCUUUGCACUCAUAAUAGCAUAAUAGCAGAAAAUCAGAUGUGCAAGACAUGAAUAAAACAUAAUGUAGACUCGCAUGUUAGCAUUGGGAGAGUCACACUACACUUAGACUUAGACUUUAUUGAUCCACAAGGGAAAUUGCUUCGUUACAGCAGCUCAAUUGCAGAAGAAAAGUAAAAACACUUAAAUAAAGUGCAAUAUGAAAAAAAAAUGUAAUAAAAUAAAAAGUACUUCCUGCGAUGGCUAUUGUCUCAUGAGUGUAACAUUACUGACACUUAGUGACCAGUGUAGAAUGCUACAUAUCAUCACAACGUCUUUGAAUGCGUCCUCAUGAGGUGUUUCAACCACAAUAUCUUUAAUAUAAACAAAAUAAAAAUAUUAAAAUAAAACCGUGAUAGAAAAAAGCCACUAAAGUAAAGCAUGAAGGGAUGAUUGUAUUGUGUUUUGCGUUCCAUGGCACACCCCCCAUCAUAUUCCUUCAAGCAGAAAUUAGUCUGGGUUCUUGUGGGUUAAUGAAAGCUUCUGUUCAGAUUUUUGCUCUUCUUUGAAUUAACCAUGGUUUAAAUCAUGGUUCCCCCCUUGAACAUUAAUUCAUGUGGGAUGAUGCAAAGCUUUGAUAUAUGAAGUGUCAAAAUAGAACAGUAGUUUAAGAUUUGUAAAAGCUUUUUUUGGAUGUUUGUGGGUGGGAGUGUUUAAAAAAAAUCUCAGCAGUGAAUUGCACCUUGUGGUUGAGAGGUACAAGAAGGUUUGAGCGGGAAGUGAGCAUUGGUAAGCAUCACAAAGGGGUUUCACGCUGCGGGAAAAUAAAGUACCGUCAUAAACGUGAGGCUGUUAGCAUAUUAUACGUUUGUGCAGUUGGAAAAAUCGUCCUUAUUGAUCGACUGUAAUCCUGUCCUGAAUGUGACAUGGACCAACUGUGCUUUUGUUUCCCUUACUUCAACUCAAGUUGACAUCAGCUGCUUUUAUUCUGUUCAUGGCCUCCCGGCCUUAUCCCACUUCCUGCUCCAUUGUUCAUCCCCACUCAUCCACACCAAACCCACGCCAGCUUCUUCUGGGACUUUUGUCCCAAUGUCUUCCCCCUGCUGGAUGUCUUGUCCACUGUGUAUCUGUCCGAGGUUCAUGUCUUCACGGGGUCAUGUCGUCGCGGUUGGCAUAUGUUUUCCGGUUAGCGUAAAAUACGGUGCGUGGACGCAUCUUGUCGUGUCAUUAAUGCACUAUGUGAGUGCAACUGUGUUCUUAAUGUAUUUUUAUCACAAAACAUCCUUGUUAGCAUCCUAUUCACAUGCUAAUACAAGGGAACAAGGCAGAAGUCAGCACCGUUGCCCGUCUAUGAUGUCAUCAGCAGUUGAGUCUGUAGUUGCUAACUACCACAGUUACGCCACAAGUCUCACAAAUGUUAACACAAAUCACGUUUUUGUAGUUUUACAAUUCUAGCUUUACAUUUAUAAAACAAUUCUAAAUGCAUAAAAAUGAUGAAUGAAAGGGUUAAAUGAACAUUUAAGCAUACUGUAAUCUUCAAUGAAGACGUGUGACAAAGACACAAUGUGGCAGCUACAUCAACACGAACACCACCUUGGUGUUUUGUUAUGAGUUAUCUCUUGAAUUCAAUAAGUUUCUCGCCUUCUUUAUCAAAAUGUUGCCACUUGCAACUUUGUUGGGCUCCAUUUUGGCUUGGUCUGCAGCCAUAAUCAAAAAGAAAAGCAGAGAUUCGCUGCCACAUCGUGUCUUUGGCAACAAUAACCUCUUCAAUGAAGGUAAAAGUAACCUUAAAUGUUCAUUUAUCCUUUUCAUUCAUUAUUUAUAUGCAUUUUGAAUUGUUUAUGCAUGUAAAACUAUAAUUGUAAAACGAUAAAAAUGUGUUUUGGUUUACUGGAACAAAUUAAUUGGAUUUACAUUAUUUCUUAUGAGAAAAUUAGAUUCAGUUAGAGUAUGUUUCAGUUGAAGUUGGACCUUCUGAAAUGGAUUAAUGACGCUAACCAAGGUUCCACUAUUGUGAAUUAUAGUGAGAUUGGAUUUUAAAUCAGCGCUCUUUUAGAAACAACAUGUAUAUUUGCUAUAUGUCAAGUAUACGCAUCUACCAUUGCACAAAAUAAAAUCAGCUUCAAUAAGUCUAUAACUCAGUAUUGUCCAAAGUUAAACCUGUUCUUUUAUUGGCCCGCGCCAUAUUCUAAAAAUAUAAUUGAUCAAGAAAACCAAAAAAGAAAAAAAAAGGAGAAAAAUGUAAUGUAACAAGAAAAAGCUGGAAUUUUAUGAGAAUAAAGUAAUAUUAAUAGGAAAAAUAAAAAUAACGUCAUUUUAGUGGCAUUAAGUUGAAAUGUUAAAGACGCUUUUUUUCAUAAUGGAUAAUGACUUAUGUGAAACAAAAAAAACAUCA